AUGUCUGAAGCCGCUGCUCCAAGAAAGAGAUCCUUCAAGACCUACUCUUACAAGGGUGUUGACCUAGAAAAGUUGUUGGAAAUGCCAACUGAAGACUUCGUUAAGUUGGCCCCAGCCAGAGUUAGAAGAAAGUUCGCUCGUGGUUUGUCUGAAAAGCCAGCUGGUUUGAUGAAGAAGUUGAGAGCUGCUAAAUUGUCUGCUCCAGAAAAUGAAAAGCCAGCUGUUGUCAGAACUCACUUGAGAAACAUGAUCAUCGUUCCAGAAAUGAUUGGUUCUGUUGUUGGUGUUUACAACGGUAAGGUCUUCAACCAAGUCGAAAUCAGACCUGAAAUGGUCGGUCACUACUUGGGUGAAUUCUCUAUCACCUACACUCCAGUUAGACAUGGUAGAGCUGGUGCCACCACCUCUCGUUUCAUCCCAUUGAGAUAA